AUGAAAAAAAUAAUAUAUAAAAACCUAGAUAUUCCAGAUCCAUUAAGAUUUAAUUAUUACAAUAAUUCAUUUUUGAGAAAAUAUUACGACACGGGACUACCCGACGGAGUGUACUCGUCCCUAGUUUUACUGGUAUCGAGACCCUCGCAAGAAAAAUGCACGGGUACUUUGAUAAAAAGUAAUUUGAUACUCACCGCCGCCCUAUGCGUUCACUAUCACAAUCGCAUCGUCGACGAAAUGACGAUCGUAAAGGGGAAAAUAAGUUUUACCACUUAUUACAAGCACAAAGUGAAACCCUCAAUGAAUUUCGAAGAAUUGAUAAACAUCGAAGAAAGGAGAACUCAUCUCAUAUACGUACACCCGGAUUGGUACGAAUGGAGCGUGAACAUUGCUUUCAUAAAAGUCGAAAAACCCUUUCACAUCGGAAAAUUGUUCAGCAUAUCGACGAAAAAGAAGGAAAGGUUAAAAGAUUGCGUGUCCGUCGGUUUUGGACAUUCCGAAAAUUUCAAAAAACAAAUCACGUUGCAAUACAUCGAAAGCGGUCAAUUCGCACUACGGAAAAUAUACGACGUGGGUCAUUUUUGCCAGUUAAAAAAAACAACCCUCGAUUCUCAAACGUGUUUGGCCGGAAUCGGAAGUCCUCUCAUAUGCAACGAUGAAAUUUGGGGGGUUUGCGCCCUCAUCGCCACGACCAAACCCGAAUUGACAAAUGCCGAUUGUAAACCCUACGAUAAAUAUUGUUAUUAUCCGUUAUAUCACGUUGAAAAAUGGUUUAAUUUAUUUGCCCAAACGAACGCGAGUCACAAAACCGUAAUUCGUGACACCCUAUCGAAGGGAAAAAAUAUAAAAAACCAAAGAACGAAAAGGGGAGAUGGGGGUCGAAGAAUUUGA